CCAGGGUGCUGCAGAGCUGCUGCAGUCCCGAGAAGGUGAAGACUGUGUUGUUGUGAGCGAUGUCAUCCGAAAUCCAGAUGCCAGAGCCCAUCUGCCUCAUCGAGAAUGAGAAGGGGAAGGGGCUCGUGGUCCAGCCAGAGGCCCUGCGGCUGCUGGCAGGGAUCACGCAGCCCAUGGUGGUGGUGGCCAUCGCCGGGCCGUACCGCAGCGGCAAGUCCUACCUCCUGAACAGGCUCGCGGGGCAGAGGAGAGGUUUCUCCCUGGGCUCCAGUGUGCGGGCGCACACCAAAGGAAUCUGGAUGUGGUGCGUGCCUCACCCCUGCAAGCCCGGACACACGCUGGUGCUGCUGGACACCGAAGGGCUGGGAGACACUGAGAAGGGCGACACCAAGAACGACACGUGGAUCUUCGUGCUGGCCGUGCUGCUCUCCAGCACCCUGAUCUACAACAGCAAGGGCACCAUUGACCAGCAGGCCAUGGACAACCUGCACUACGUGCUGAAGCUGACAGAGUGCGUCCAGGUGAAAACAGCACCCGAGGAGGCAGGAGAUGAGCAGCUGGGUUUGGACAGACAUGCCCUGUAUUUCCCAACCUUCGUCUGGGCCGUCCGGGAUUUCACGCUGCAGCUGGAGGUGGACGGGAAGGAAAUCUCCGAGGAUGAAUACCUGGAGAAUGCGUUGAAGUUGAAGGAUGGGAGCAGCCAGGAGGCCCAGAGCUACAACCGGCUGCGGGAAUGCAUCCACCAGCUCUUCUCGGAGCGCAAGUGCUUCGUUUUCGACCAGCCAGCCAGGAAGAGGGACCUGCCCCGCUUGGAGGAGCUCCCGGACGAGAUGCUCGACCCCGAAUUCCAGCAGCAGGUGGAGAACUUCUGCAGCUACAUGAGGCAGAAUUGUCCCCCCAAGACCAUCUCUGGUGGCCACAAGAUAACGGGGAGCAGGCUGGGGACCCUGGUGGUGAGCUACGUGGAAGCCAUCCAGAGCGGGGCCGUGCCAUGCCUGGAGAACGCAGUGCUGGCCCUGGCAGAGAUCGAAAAUUCAGAGGUGGUGAAGGAGGCUGUGGCCUUGUACCGGGAGCGGAUGGAGCAGGAGCUGCCCACGGAGACCACCCAGGAGCUGCUGGAACUGCAUGCACGGUGUGAGGAGGAGGCGACGCGGCUCUUCACGGCGCGGGCCUUUGCGGAGAGCAGGGAGAAGUUCCGGGCAGAGCUCACGGUCCAGUUAGAGGCACUAAAGGAUCAUUUCUGGAUCCAGAACGAGCGGGCAUCCCAUGAGAAGUGCACGGCCGCCCUCCAGGAGCUCUUCCAGGACUUGGACGCACGGAUCAAUGACGGGGUCUACUUUGUGUCGGGGGGCUACCAGCUCUUCCAAAGAGACCAGCAGGCACUGGUGGAGCAAUACUGGGAACUGCCUGGCAAGGGGGUGAAGGCGGACACUGUGCUGCAGGAUUUCCUCCAGAAGAGAGAGUCUAUGGCCAGAACCAUCCUCAAAGUUGACCGUGAGCUGAUGGAGAAGGAAGAGCAAAUAAAAAAUCUGAAAGCCCAAUGUGAGAGAGCUGAGCAGGAGAAGGAGGCUGAGAGAAAGAGGGAAGCUGAGUCCUCAGAGAUGGAAAGCCUCGUCGGAGAAAGCAGCAGGAGGAGAAAGAGAAUAUGAACGACCAUCAAUCAAAGGACCAGAACGAGAAGUCCACAAGUGGCUCUGAGAAGAACAACCCUGAGGAUCAGCAGAAUUCAAACCCCAGUGGCAACCCCAAUGCCAACCCCAG